GGUAUCCCUGCAACCCCAGGUGCUGAUGAGUCUUCACGAAUUUCAAUUACUUUCUUCCGGCUGUUCCGUGUUCUGCGUUUGGUAAAGUUACUGAGUCGAGGAGAGGGAGUCAGGACUCUUCUCUGGACCUUUAUAAAAUCCUUCCAGGCACUUCCAUAUGUAGCCCUACUUAUUGUGAUGCUGUUUUUCAUCUAUGCAGUCAUUGGGAUGCAGGUAUUUGGUAAAAUCGCAUUGGUUGAUGGAACGCAAAUAAAUCGGAACAGCAAUUUCCAGACGUUCCCUCAGGCUGUAUUGCUACUUUUUAGAUGUGCCACUGGAGAGGCUUGGCAAGAGAUAUUGUUGGCUUGUUCCUAUGGAAAACUGUGUGACCCAGCGUCAGAUUAUCAGCCAGGCGAGGAAUACACAUGUGGAACAAGUUUUGCAUACUUCUACUUUAUUAGUUUCUAUAUGUUGUGUGCUUUCCUGAUUAUCAAUCUCUUUGUUGCUGUUAUCAUGGAUAACUUUGACUACCUAACCAGAGAUUGGUCAAUUCUAGGUCCACAUCAUCUGGAUGAAUUUAAAAGGAUUUGGGCAGAGUACGACCCUGAAGCAAAGUAUGUAUAG